AUGGGUAUUGGGAUUUCUAGAAAAGUCGCUGAUGUUACCUAUAACCGUUUCUUCAUGGAUUCAGAUUCUAAGGCUAUAGCCAAGAGAUUUAAAAUCUCUUAUCAACUAAGUAUUGCAGCAGGAAUACUUUUUUCUGGACUCCUGAAGCAGUAUGUUCUCAAUAGAUCUUUUUCUGCGUGGAAGAACUUUAAUGCCGCAAAUGCAUUAUUAUCAUUUCUAUUUAGCGUUUUGGCAGUUUGUCGUCUUUUUAUUUCUCUUUCUAACUCUAACCCUAACCCAAACAUCCAAGAAACCAUUGAGCUGAAUGGUAUUAGCCCUAGCCUUGAUAAUAAUGAGACUAACUCUAACCUCGACUCUGACCCUAAUGCGGGUUUUGGAAAAAUAUUUGAAAAUUUGAUACUUUUCGUCUGCUUGUAUAUGUUUCAACAGUUCUCUUCUAUUAGCGGAUAUUUUUCAUACACAGAAGAGAUAUUUGCCGACUCGCCGAAUAUUUAUAUCGUUUUGGGUGUUGCAAAUUUCGUUGGAACUCUUUUGAAUGUUGCAAUUGAGGCUCUAAAAGACUCGGAAGAUGCAUGCAAUAAUUGUCUCGGCAAUCUAGUGAAUCAUUUUGAUAUAAAAUCUAUCAUUUUAAUUAGUGGAGUUGUAUGUUUAAUCUUGUUUUUAGUUUUUUUCCCUGGUUUCUUGGAAAAUAUAGCGCUUAUAAAAUCUGCUACUGCAUUCUGCUUUAUCUUUUGUUUUUCAUUUGGAUUUGGACCUAGCCCUUGGAUGAUUACUCCAGAAAUCCUACCCAAAAGCCUUCAGAAUGCUUAUAAUCCGUUUGGAUAUACUUUAAAUUGGUUAUGUGCUUUCCUAGUUACCUUUACCACAACUAAGAUUCUUUCCUCUUUAAAUGUGUUUGCAUUUCUCAUUUCUAGUGUCUUUUUCGCUGUUUUCACGCUAAUUAUGGCAUUUUCUGGGUUAGGAUUAUACGAAAAAUUAGCCAAGUUUUUCUGCAAUACGCAAUUUUUCCGCAUAUUUUGUUGCUGUAAAAAGAAUUAUAACGUGAAUUCUACUUUUUGA